AUGGCGAACCACGGCGCCGCGGCUCUUGUGAUGGUCGCGUCCCUCCUCGUGGCGGCCGCCCUCGCCGACGCGAGGCACACCGUCGUGCACGAUGGUUACCUGGUGGUGGAGGAUGUGAAGGCGCCGGCGGCGCUGGCCUGCAACAAGGUGCACGGGGUGCAGACCGCCGAGACGUGCUUCUCCGUGUCGCAGGGCGCCGGGCUGACUCAGGACCAGUUCCUCGCCUUCAACCCCAACAUCAACUGCGCGAAGCUCUUCGUCGGCCAGUGGGUCUGCCUCGAUGCUACCCUUGCUUAA